AACCCUAGCCGUGGAAAAGGUGGAAAAGGUUUAUGAAAAUAGGCGUUGCUACAUUCACCUAGUGUCUAAGCCGGUGACCCGGGGCCGUGGCUGAGUCUUGUUUGUAAAUAUUGCACGCACGUCUCAACGGCAGUUUCGAUGACCGUUUGAACACCAGCAGAUGUCAGGCUGCACGGUUGCAGGACUGGACAAGGAAUAUUUCAAGAAAAGGACGAGUUUCCGAAGUUUCCGUUUUUCAUUCACCGACAGGACAUGAGCUCCAACGGGAAGAGGAUGUCUGCCCCCAGGAACAGGGAUCACGGCCUCCAACAGAACCAGGAAGAGCUCAUCAAGUUCAUAUGGGAUUCAUGGAACAAAGUUUGCCAGGAGUACCAAAAGGGGAACACUCAGGGAUCACCGACUGUUGCAUACCACAUCGAGUCUGAGCCGAAUCCGAUGCUCAAAGAUUUCGUUCCUUUUGACCUCGAGGCUUACUGGGGUAAACGGCUCGUGCAGAACAUCUCGACGCACAACGCCUGAUUCUAUUUUAUAAUAAUCAUAUAUUUUUUACUAAGGGCACUUUUUAUACUUAUAAUUUGAUAUUAAUUUAUAUAUAGCUAAGGUGAUUUUAAGGGAAAAAAAUAUGUAUAUUACCAUCCCCCCUUAUUUUGUUUAUCACAACCCUUGUAUCAGUAUUCGUACCGGGAUUUGAGUUAUUUUUUAUAUGAAGGAACAUUCCCAGUUUGUUUAUUAUUAUAAGCUUUUUUGUUUUUUUAAAUGAUUUUGAGAAUUAAGAAAAGAAAGUGUAUCUAAUACCUAUAUGAAUAUUUUUUGUUUGCUCGUAAUGUUUUUGCUUUAUUACAAGAUAAUAAAACAGGACAUAAAAUAAAUUUUUUGA